GCUUCCGCUCCGGGUCUGGAGUGCGCGAGGGGAGCGCGGCGCUGCCUGGAGGGGCGGGAGAGGCGCGGGGGGAGCCCCGCGGACGCCCCGGCCUGGUGGUCCCGGCAGCGAGACGGGCUCGGAGAAAGUCAAGGAGAGGGAGAUCCGUGAGCAUCCGUCAGCAUUUCCAGGAGAAUGAGGGAGCGUGAGGUGCAGAGAGAGACUUUCCAAGCCUACAGGGAACGGAGGAAGCGUGACACAGACCAGGUGAAUGCCAAGAGAGUGGAAGUGGAGCAGUUCCAGGUGUCCUCCAAUGAGAACCAAGUGAGCACAAAGUGAGAGAAGAGAGACUUGAAAAUCCAAACAGGACAAAAAAGCAUCAGUGAAACCAAGUGAGGAACGUGAGGAACCAAUCCUGCAUUUUUCAGGGUGCUGGAAAUCACAACCCUUAAUUCCAGAAGGUUGCUAAGUCAAGAAGAGGGGAGGGAAUAUCGGGUGUGGAAAUUUAUCAAAAGGCAGAUGGAACAAACAGAUAAACUGUAGAAAUUCCAGAGACCAAAUGCAAAGUAUGGAAUAUUAUAAAAGCAUCCACGCAGGCACGAUUUCAAAUGUGUGCUGUGUAAAACGGCACAAGCCUUAGCAAGCCGCAGUGAUCCCACACUUAGAGGAAGCCAUAUCGAAUUAUGGAAAGUAGACAGUCCUGCAGUGCUGGUGGAAAUCUGAUUAGCAAUCUAAGAAUCCACAGUGGAGAAAAGCCCUACACAUGCACAGAAUGUGGAAAGAGCUUCACUCAGAGAAAUUAUCUAACAAGGCAUCAAACAAUCCACACUGGGGAGAGGCCCUACAGAUGUAUGGAUUGUGGUAAGCGCUUCAACCAGAGUAGUAUACUUACAAACCAUCAAAGAACACAUACUGGUGAAAAACCUUUUACAUGCAUGGAAUGUGGAAAAAGCUUCACUCAACGUGGAAAACUUUCUAUACAUCAAAGAACACACACAGGGGAGACGGCACAUAAAUGCAUGCAGUGUGGCGAGAGUUUCAGUCAGAGUAAACUUCUUAGGAUUCAUCAAAGAACCCACACUGGGGAGACGCUAUACGGAUGCAUGGAAUGUGGAAAGAGUUUCACUUACCGUGGAGGACUUAUGCAUCAUCAACAAACCCACACUGGGGAGAGGCCCUACAGAUGUAUGGAAUGUGGUAAGUGCUUCAACCAGAGUAGUACUCUUAGAAACCAUCAAAGAACACAUACUGGUGAAAAGCCUUUUACAUGCAUGAAAUGUGGAAAGAGUUUCACUGGACAAGGAAGUCUUAUAAAGCAUCAAAGAACUCAUACUGGGGAGAGGCCCUAUACAUGCACGGAAUGUGGAAGGAGCUUCAGCCAGCGUGAUCCCCUUACAAACCAUCAAAGGACCCACACUGGGGAGAGGCCCUAUAGCUGCAUGGAAUGUGGAAAGAGCUUCCGCCGGAAUGGUCAUCUUGCAAACCAUCAAAGAACCCACACAGGGGAGAAGCCAUUUAAAUGCACAGAAUGUGGAAAGAGCUUCAGCUUGGACAAUUCCCUUAGGAACCAUCGAAGGACCCACACUGGGGAGAGGCCCUAUAGCUGCAUGGAAUGCGGAAAGAGCUUCAGCCAGAAUGGUCAUCUUGCAAACCAUCGAAGAACCCACACAGGGGUGAAGCCAUUUAAAUGCACAGAAUGUGGAAAGAGCUUCGGCCAGAGUGGUCAUCUUACAGAGCAUCAAAGAACGCACACUGGGAGCAGCUAUGUAAAAGCAGUGAAGUUGGACAGAGCUUGAAUGAACAUGAACAUGGACAUGAACCAUCAAAGAAUGCACACUGAUGACCAGCCUUUUAAAUGCACGGAAUGCAGGAAAAGGUUCAAUUGCAGAGGAGGUCUAAUGAGACAUCAAAAAAUCCACACUGGAGAGAGGCCUUAUAUGUUGAAAAAGUUUUGCUGAAAGUGGAACUCUUGCAAAGCAUCGAAGAACUCACAUAGGGGAGAAACCCUUUAAAUGCACAGAAUGUGGAAAGAGCUUCAGCUGGGAUCAUUCUCUUAGGAAACAUGAAAGAACCCACACUGGGGAGAGGCCGUAUGCCUGCAUGGAAUGCGGAAAGAGCUUCAGCCAGAGCUGUCAUCUUACAAAGCUUACAAAGAACCCACAGGGGGAGUGGGGGGAGCAGCUAUGUAAAAGCAGUGACCUUGGAAAGAGCUUCAGCUGGAGUCAUUCUCUCAUGAAACAUCAAAAAACUAACACUGGGUAGAGGCCAUAUCAAUGUGUAUAGGGUGCAAUCGACUUCUCCUGGAGGGAUCAUUUUGUGAGCCAUCAAAGGACAAAUACUGGCAAAAAGCCUUUUCAAUGCAUGCAGUCUGGAAGAAGCUGCCGUUUACGUGGCAGUCUUACAACCCAUGAACAAAUUCACACAGGGUAGAGGCUGUAUAAGUACAUGGACUGUGGAAAGAGCUUCAGAGGAGGUAGAUGAGGCUAGGGUUAUGGAGGCCACAUUGGGGUCACCCCCUGGUAGCCGAGGAGCUCCUCAAUGCCCUGGAUGUCACAAAGGCACUGGGCCAAGAUCGGCUACACUCAAAAUUGUUUAGGAAUAGCCAGGGGUGCUCUCGCAUCCAUUGCCCUGCAUUUUGUUCUGCAAAGCAGAAGUUCUGGAGGAUUGGAGGGUGGCAUCAGUAGUUCCAGUCUUCAAAACUGGUAGCUGGGUGGAUAUGGGGAAUUACAGGCCUGUUAGCCUCACACCCAUUCUCAGAAAGACAAUGGAGCCUGUUCACAGAAAAACAAGAGUUAUCAUCCCGCCUCACUGCCUUGCCAUAAACAGAUCACAAAGGGUGCCUCAGUGUCUGGUGGCGAAGACCAAAUGACCCUACUCCAUUAGUGGGUGUAUAUAUAGUGUUAUAUAUGCAGGCUUGGAAAACUGGCAGCCAGCGCUUUCUUGGGAUGCUCAUGGCUGCUCCCCAGCACAGGGCAACUCCUGACAUGGAGGUGCGAAAAAGGAGGGAGCGGGGCCGGAGCUGGUCUUCUCCAGCACCAGACUCGGCAAGCAUCUGUUGCUGUCCUUCUGCGGCACUGGCUAGCUGGCCAGCACCGCUCCUUCUCCAAGCCCAGAGUGGCCGUGCUGGCUGUCCGGCAAGGCCAAAGCAGCCGUGCCUGAUUAACUGGCUGCCUGUAGUGUGUGAAGCUGUGGCCACUGCCUGGUUGCUGCCUACGGCUUGCAAUGGCUCAAGGAAGGGGGGCUGCUGUCUUACAUCAGCUGACUCGCCUGAGGCUGGACCACCUGGAAAUCAUUGAUGCAAUGGGAGGACCGUGCCCAGAUGCUCCUUGCCACACACAGCAGUGCCCACGUGGGAUCUUUAGACCAGGCUGAGAAAAGCUCCAAAAACCACAGGGAGACCAGAGGACCAUGGAAUUCGUGGAGGACCUGAAGUUCCUGCUCAAACACCAACCCUGCAAGGGAGGACCAGCAGCAUAACACACCAGGACGAGAAGGAGCUGACAUCAGGGUCAGCCAAGAGCCCGCAACUGGAGGGGGCAAUGGAGAAGAGCCCCGAAGAAAAGCAACCUAUCGGGGACCAGGAUCGGGUUCUGGCUUGAAGACUUGGAUCAAAGAGACUAGCAGUUGCCUAAUGCUAAGUAGCCUAGAUGAUGAUGCGGAAGGAAAGAGGGGGAGAUUCUUGCAGUUGUUACUCUGGCUGUCUCUGUGUACUUCAGUUAAUUCUGUUACUCCUUUCUAUACUAUAUGUCCUUGUAGGAAGAAAACAGUGGACUUCCUAAUUUCUGAGUUUUCAGUUUUAGAAUACUGGUUCAGUGUGUAAUAGAAUGUUUAUGCUUUAGUGGCAAUGGUGAAAACCCAGCAUGGAUUUCUUACACUGGAACGUGUUAUAUGUCUGGAUUCACACCAAGGACCAGGUAAAACAGACAUGCAGAUUACAGGAGGACAGGCACAUGCUGUCCCAGAUCAGCUAAAGGAGAGUAAAAAGGAAAGAAAUAUUUGUUUAAAAAAUGAUUACACAGGUUCCUAGGGAAAACAAUUUCCAUGUGAAGCCGCUACAGGUAAGGACCACUGAAAGCACUCUACCACUUGGGGUGAUGAUGGUGGACCAGCAACAUCCUUACAGCCAAUUGGCACAUGCUGGAAUAGGCUCCCUGUGUGAGAGAGAGAAUUUGGUGUGGUGGCUGGCAUGGGGCUUUGUUUCUGCUAAGCUGGAAAGGCCCUGCCUGCAGCUUGGAUGGGCAACCACAUGUGGAUGCUGACUGCUAUGCAUUAUUCACACAAAUGGAGCUGGUAAGUGCCACUUGGUACAACCUGGAAUACGCACUAUGGGUACAAGACAACUUGGUGCUGGCCAAAAGACGGAGGUCAGCAAACAUGCCUAGCUCAAUGGCUCACAUUGGCAUAUACAAAACUCCACAAGAGAAAACCCUCUACAGGGGAUCUCUGGACUCAGUCUCACAACAUGGAUUGGCCUUCUAACCAUGGAAACCACCCAUGGGACUUACAGGGUUAGUAGCCAGAAGGCUUUCACAGCUUUCCCUACAGAAGGAUAGGGCACUGGAUACCUUGUCCCCAAUCUCUGAAUGAUUACAGAAUUCCCCAGGGGCCCUUGCCCUAACUGCAGAGAAGUAGUUCAAACAGUGGUGGAAGACAUUGUCAAAGGGGGGGGGGGUAUUCAUUUCUCUGGGCCAUUCUUCCACCAUUUGGAGUUUUCCCAAAUCACCAUGGCCUUAGAGUGCUGUAUCUGCAUUCAAUGUUUGUAGUGAAGCACCUGAUGCCAUUUCAGACAUACAAAGCUCAGCUACAGCAACUUGCCAUACAAAGUUGCUAGACAUUGCAUUGCUGGCAAGCCAGGACGGUUUGCGAAACUUGUGGAAGACAAAACUGUUUCUUUGGAGCAUCACAUUUAAAAGCUCAGUGCUUUAUAAGCUGCUUUACAUUUCAUUCUGGUAAGAGUGGCCUGGGAGGGUUGCUUUCAUGGUUCUCCAACUGAGGCUGUUACUGGCAGAGCUUGCCAACAAUUAUUCUAGUAUUUCUCAGGCAUGUCAUGAACAGAGCUGGCUGGAGCCAGGGGUCAGAGUGGUUGCCCCAGGAGGUGCCUUCGGAAUCGCUCUGCUUUUGUGCUUCUGUGUUUAUCGAAAUGGCCCUCACCUGCACAGGCAGUCUGCACCUUCAAGGUGAAGCUGCAGGGGCUGGGCGGCCUGUCUCCCUGGUCAGGAGGAAUCUGUCUUUUGCUAGAAGCUGUAGCCAAUUGCAGCACCCCAAAAUACCUCAAGACUGGUUAGCCAGAGGGAGGCCACAGAGUAAAAACACCACAGUUAUAUACAUGAACUGGUGGGAUAGCAUUUUUGGUAAGGCAUGGUGGAAAAAGAGGCUGUUGUCAUGAGUCGUGCAUUAGGAGCUAUUCUCAUCUUACCCUGUUGUAUCCCAUGCUUUAUCAAGCUUAUUCAAUCAGUUAUACAAGGUACUCGUAUGGAGGCCGCCCUGGUGGAUGCCUCACCCCAGGAGUCUUCAAUGGGCCGAAUCAUGGUCUUAAAGCCACUUACACAGGAUAUUUCCCAACUCAUAGAAAAGCCAGAGUGUGCUAACUCAGAUAUGUGCAGAAUUAUGUUUCACCUAGCAGUUUGGCAGGAUAAUAAAAAGGGGGGAAAGCCGUACACAGAAAAACAAGAUUUAUCACCCCGCCUCACUGCCUUGCCAUAAACAGAUCACAAAGGGUGCCUCAGUGUCUGGUGGUGAAGACCAAAUGACCCCACUCCAUUAAUGGGUAACUGUCAAUUGUAAUCUGUGUAUUUUAUUGGUUUGCCAAAGUGCCUUCUUGACCCUAUAAAGUUCACAAAUGUAACCUUUUCUGGCAAGCCUGUUCCAGAUAACUUUAGUCUGAUGGCUUGUCAAAGGCAUCUAAUUAGAGUGAAAUGUAACUUUUCUUUAUAGUGUCGUGAUGUGUAUGCAAUCACUUUCCUAUCCAUAUCAAUGUAUCCAAUCACCUUCCUGGGAAUUGUAUUCACUUCCCUUUUGGUGUAUUCUAUAUAACCCUAUGGAAAUUAACAUGGGGGUGUUGCUAUUUUAGGCACCCCUAUAUCCAUGCAUUCAAUUGUAAUUAAACCUGCUUGCCUUGA